CGCUUGACCCCUUCAAUCACUACAACUGCUGCACAUGUAUUACCUAAGCUAAGCCUCUCUCUCUCUCUCUCUCUGUGUCAAGCCGAACCGGGCAUGUCAUCUCUCUCUCUGUCAAGCCGAACUGGGCAUGUCACCGUUUCUUAUGUAGAUAAGUAGAAGAAUAUUUCUGGUAGUUUUUGCUAUUCUGGGUUCUUGACGAAGAUGAAUCACAGCCAAAACGUACAGAGCUCAGGUUGCUGAUUUCUUUCUCAAUUGUAGUAAUUUAGUCCCAGAGGAAGAGAAGGACCAUCUCUGAUUAAGAAGCUGGAAUCGGUCCCUGAUUCGGAUAACACAACCACUCGCGUAAACCUAAUUUCUAGUAGCUACUACUCCCCCAACAAGUUGCUCUUUCUCUCCGUCUCUUUCUAGCUGGAAUCUUCACAACAACUUUGUAACUCAAACCACCUACAAGGGUAAUCACAAGGGUACAGCCCUUCACAAACCAUCUGUACUUUUUCAUUUUUCAUUUCUUCCACCAACAAAAAACAAAACAUGCAUCGCCGAUUCCUCGGCAACACCACAGAGCUGCCCUACAACAAUGGCAACCGUACAGCGGAUUCCUACAUAAGCGAGAUGAAUUUCGACACAAACAUGGUCAUCAUCUUGGCGGCUCUUUUGUGUGCCCUCAUAUGCGCUCUUGGCUUGAACUCAAUAGUGCGUUGCGCGCUUCGCUGCAGCCACAGGUUUACUCUUGAGACCCCGGAGCAGGCUGCAGCGCGACUCGCGGCCACGGGGCUCAAGAAGAGUCAUUUGAGGCAGAUUCCGGUUGCGGUUUACGGUGAAGGGAUUCAUAUUCCGGCGACCGAGUGUCCGAUCUGUCUCGGAGAGUUUGAGGACGGCGAGAAGGUUAGAGUGCUGCCAAAAUGUAACCACGGAUUCCAUGUGAGGUGCAUAGACACUUGGCUUGUGUCACACUCAUCAUGCCCGAAUUGUCGGCAUUCACUGCUCGAGCAACAACAACCAUCGAAGAAAACUAGAACUACUAGUCGUAGUACUGGUAGUACUAGUUCUGAAGCGACAGAGAAUUCAUCACCAACAGCCAGUGAGUCCCACCAGGAAGGCAGAGUAGUUCUGGUGAUUGAUGAAGCAAGGUAAAUUUGCGGAUUUGGGUAGUAAUUAAAUGUUUUACGGUGCUGGUAGAACUAGCGGGAAGUAGUAACACGGUGUUGGUUGGCUAGUUUUGUGGAGGCCAAGUAGCAAUUAGAGAAUGGCUACAUUGUUAUGACGAAGGUUAUGAGAUGUAUUGUAAAUUAUCAAAUAAUUAUUGGUUGAAAUGUGGUCCAAUUUUACGUA